CUCAGAUAAUCUUAGCUAUAGACCCAAGAGAAACUAUUGGAGGCCAUGGUCUGGAAAUGGCCUCCGGAAAGCCCGACUUCGCCAGUUGCCGCAAAGGCCGCCGUAGCCAUCACGAACCGGCAACAAAUCUGGCUUGUUUCUUCCUCCGGCACACUGACCGGCCAUUUCACCCUCUCACUCUCCACUAUCCCGGCUCCCAGCAAACCAGCAGGCCCCUUCAGCGAUGACCGACUAUCUUUAUGAGCUACUUGCCCCUCAUCUGGCUGCGACAAAGGCCUCCGCUGCCCUCUGCGACCCGGACCAUGAUUCCACCACGGCUCAAUAUCUCAACCGACUCCCUACACUCUCUCUCCAAGCAUUACAGUUCACGGAACCCCAGUCGCUGACGCAGUCUUCUCAUUCCACCCUUCUGUCGCUUCAAGCCCUGUCGAAUCGCUCACACAAGACCUUUGUCACGUCCGCCGAUCGCCUGUCUAACCUCCGCGCGUCCAUCCCUCAGUUGACCCGGGACGCACAGCAACUCCGAGAUGCAGUCCCGAAACUCGACGAAGAGGCCGUCCAGUUCUCGUCCAAAUACAGCAGAGCUGCCGAAAAUGUAUCCCUCGAGCAACGAAAGAAGGUGAUGCAGCUCGCUCGAAAUGUCGACCGGCUGUCCGACAUCUUAGAGCUACCUACGCUGCUCUCAACGGCCGUCUCCUCUGCAGCCGCCAGUUCGGGGACUACGGGCAGCUCGGUUUCAACGACGUAUUCGACGGCAUUGGAUCUGUAUGCACACAUCAAGCGGCUGCAGACACUGUAUCCCGACUCCCCGCUCAUAAAAGACGUGGUUACCCAGGCCGAGGAUGCCAUGAAGGAUAUGACAUCGAAUCUGAUCGCGGGUCUCCGGGCACAGAACCUGCGACUAGCCGCUGCCAUGAGGACGGUAGGCUGGCUGCGAAGGGUGGCACCGGAGCUCGACCACCUUCACAACGAAGGCUCACCGGUGUCAGGGGAAGGCGCCUUGGGAGCUAUCUUCCUGAUCUGUAGGCUGGCGAACUUGAUAACUAUGCUGGAAGCUUUGGAUCCUUUACGAGAGCUGGCCGACCAGGAGACGCACCGUAGGGCUCCGACAAUGGACAAAAAGAACGGUGCAACGGGAGCAUGGUCGGAAGGACAUCAGACGGAGAAGUAUCUGAAACGGUAUAUUGAAAUCUUCCGCGAGCAGAGCUUUGCGAUCGUGUCCUUAUACAAGAACAUCUUUACUCCGGACCAGUCCGAGUCCGAACUAGCAGUGGCAGGUUUACGGGGGAUUGAUGCGCGGAUCAAAGCGGCCGCAUCGCGACCGGCUCGCAAAGAAGAUCCAUUACAGUGCCUGCCACCUGCGCUGGCCACCUUUCCCAUGCACCUGGUCCAAUUACUAACGGACACCUUGCGCACGUAUCUCCCUAACGUCCGGGACAAAAGCUCCCGGGAGAGUCUCCUAACCCAGGUGCUGUACUGCGCGGCCAGUCUGGGCCGGCUUGGAGGAGAUUUUGGCAUGAUCCUGACCGAGCUGGGUGAUGCCACGGACGACGCCGACGAGGACGAGGAGGAUGACUUGGCCUACGAAUGGGAGGACGUGACGCGGAAACACCGAGCCUUGGCAGGGCGAUUGGAGCAGCUGACGGGGGAGGGGGAGGUGGUGGUGGUGGUGGUGCAGCAGCAGCAGGGUCCUCGGUCAAAGGAACCUUGCGAGUGGCAUCGCCAGUGUAAGGGAAUCAAUCCUUGAUGGAAUAUCGGGGGAAUACACCG